AUGUCUGAUCAGACUUAUCGCAAACCCGUGAUCUUUGCCUUAGCGAGUACGAUAGUGUUGACUGCCACCUGCUCCUACUAUGCGUACACUCAAUACCUCUCUGUACAGACCAAAACUAAAUCGACACCUGAACAGCAGGGUUCCCUUCACCGCAGUAAUGCUGUGCGGAGGCCUAGAACCAGGCGGAACUGGCGUCCUGGAUUCCAGCCUACUCAUCUCGAUUUCAAUCCGGUGGAACAAGCCCUAGCCCACCUCCACGAGCGAACCAAUGAUGGUGUUGGCUAUGGAGUGUAUCGCAAUACAUACCUCUCCCCCUUUCCACCCGAGGUCUCCGUCUUUGAUUUCAACUUGCUUCCCAAUAACCUCGAAUCGAUAUACCAAAUUCUCUUGACACCAAGUCUAGUCCCACGGGCUUACGAGCUCCCCCCUGACCAUCGCCAAUCUCUCCGAUAUCACAUUCACAGCUUGUUUGUGCAGAAUUUCCUCGACGAGGAGUUUCCAGAAGGUUACAUUAUCGGAGAUGAUGAUAUGUACCGUCUCGCGACCAGGGUAGCGCUCGCUGGAGUGGAAGAAGAGAUUGUACUUGAGGCUGUUCUUAGAUUUGAUCAGGGCAUGCAGCCUUUUACUGAGUCGUGGGAACCUCCAGCUCCAGACCCUGAAUUGACUGCGUGGCUUGAGGCAAGACUAGAACCAGGAACCACUCCAAGCAUACCUCCCCCACAAGCCAUGGAACCAAAUGAGUCUAUCGAAGUUGAAGUGAGACUAAAUCCCAAUCCACCCAAUGCAAGAGACCCUCCAACUCGAGCCAAUUCAGCGUUCGAGGAUAUAGAGUUGCGUGAUGCGCUUCAGGCUUUGCACGAUCGGUCAAGGGAUGAUGACGAAGAAAGCGAGAUGUACAUGAACAAUGACGAAGACACCGAAGGCAGUCAAGUCAUGCUUGACCUAUUGUAUCACAUUGCCGGAGAACAGGCGCGCAGGGAGGGAGCGAUUCAUCGAGGUGUCGAGUGCAACAGUUGUGGCGUACAUCCCAUCCAAGGCAUACGGUAUCAUUGCGCCAAUUGCUUCGAUUUUGAUCUUUGCGAGAGUUGCGAGGCCAGCUCUGCACAUACGAAAAGUCACGUCUUUUACAAGAUUCGCAUACCUGCUCCUUCGAGAGGUCAUAUCAAACAAGUUGCCCAAAAGUGGUAUCCUGGAAAUCCCAAUGCAUUCUUGACAAACUUGCCAAAGGAGGUGUUGAAACCCCUGCUUGAAGAAACGGGCUUCGAUCGGACAGAAAUCGAUGCACUUUAUGAACAGUUCAAGUGUCUUGCAGGGCACUACUGGAACACGGAUCCCACAAAUCUCGGACUUGCUAUUGAUCGUAAAGGUUUCGACGCUUAUUUCAUUCCCACCACAUUUGAUAAGCCGUCUCCGGCGAAUUUGAUCUAUGAUCGCAUAUUUGCAUUCUAUGACACUAACAACGACGGACUGAUCGGGUUCCAAGAAUUUAUUCAUGGUCUUGCCAGAUUACAGAAAAAAUCUCGUCAUGACAGGCUGGAACGGAUCUUUAAAGGUUAUGAUCUAGAUGCUGACGGCUUUGUGGAUCGCAAAGAUUUUUUGCGCAUGUUCCGUGCAUAUUACGCUUUGAGCAAGGAACUGAGCCGUGAAAUGAUCAACAGUCAAGACGAUUUCGGCUAUGUCGAGGAAGAAUUUCGUGAAAUCAUUCAGGGCAGCCAACCCAUAAGCGCCGCAUUUGGUGGAGGGCAACUAUCUGGCCACGAAUCGAGAACUGGACAAAACAAGCAACUCCAAUCCAAUGGUGAUCUCCUGCCAGUUCGCGGAGAGAACAAUGUUCUACAGCCUGAUUCAGAUACGCACGGAGACCGUGCACGAGCAAUUGGCAAUGCCGCAUUAGGUGACCGGACCAGAAAUCAUCCAUUCCGAACCUUUAGGCAAGAAAGUGUUGAGGAUGAAGCGUUGUUACCUAUAUCAAUACAGAGUAACUUCCAUGAGUCCGGGUUUGAAGAUCUAGACGAAGCGACCGAAUCCGAGUUGGCUGGGCCUGAUCCACCACUACAAACUUACGGUUGGCCACCCCCAAUGUCACCUGAACCUCGAGACAUCCUUGAUGCACUUGGGCAGGAAGUGUCUCUCGACGAUAUUACCGACCCAGUCGAUCGAUCCCGAGUUUUGUACGCCCAGUCACAGCGACUAGAUGCAGAAUUCGACGAGGUCACCGAAAAGUCUCGAAAACGUGCCGUGGAGGAUAGGUGGCAACGAAGGAGAUUUUAUCUGGACGAGCAAGAGGGCAUGAAUAAGCCUGCUGGUUAUACUGAACCCGACAGCUCUGACGAUGAGGAAGAGGGAGAGCCAUCUAAUUCGAAGCCGACCAAGAGAAUCAAGGCUGGUCCCCGACGACAGUCUAUGCAAUCACGGUCGUCAUCAAAGGUGCGGUUUGACGACAGCGCCAUUGACACCGACUAUGAAACCCGGUCCAAUACGUCGUCGAGGAGUGUCCCUGUCAACGAAAGAUGGGGUGGGUAUGAAUUGGGGGAGGCAGAAGCUGACAUUGGCAAGGACAUCCUGUAUCAGGCCGUUCAGCAAGGAUUCAAUGAGCUGCUCGAUAUUCUUUUCAAGGACAAGGAAGACGAGUGGCUGUGUGCCCAUAAGUCGCGGCACGCUCGUCGAAAAUUACGCCAUGAAACCGAGGAGUAUGCGUUGAGUCUUUUGCCGCCAGAAGAGAAGGUUUCAGCGGAAGAGAAAAUAACGCAUAGGCUGAGAGCGGAAGAACUUCUCAUGGCUGCGGAGAACUAUGUUGAAGCUGAAGAACAGAUUAACAGCCAGGCAACGGCCGGUGAAGUCGAAAAGGUGGAUGUGGCCGGUCCUUCGUCGCCGGCAGCGCAGCUGAGCGAUCCCGACGAUCACAUCGAACUGAUGUUUGGCUCGAAAUCUCCCUGCAACUCCAACCAAGAAACGAAAUCCGACAAUUCAUAUCACGAUCCGACACUCCCACAAUAUAGACCCAAUACCGACGAUGAUGCCAUUUCCGUCAGUGAUUUGAGCCAAAUUUCGAGCAUCUCUUCCGAAGAUCUCCCCAAUCCUUUUACAGGCGAUCCAGCCGAGGCGCGGCUUGUCUACGAAGAGUGGACUCGACAUGAUCAAACGGACGAAGAGGCUGAGCAACGAGGAGGAUACGGGAAGCUGAGCUUUGGCGAGUUCUGCCUAAAGAUGCGACCUGAAGACGAGGUAGCUGAAGCAUUAGGAGUCAAGACUAAGGGCGAUGAAGGUCGGAAGCGAUGGGAGAGUAGUGCAGACCUCGGAAGACUGGCAUUUGUGGGUACGUGGUUAGAGAUGGCCAGUUUCUAG